CAUUGCAUAUAUGAUACAUAUAUAAAAUUUUUAGCUUCAUCUCAUUUUUGCGAAACCAAUUGGAGAGCACAGAGAGAUUGAGAGAGAGUGGCUGUGAUUCGCUUCAUCUCACCACUAUUGUGUCCUCAUCUGAAUCCACUCUCUCUCUCUCUCUCUCUCUCUCUUCUCUCAACCACACCUAUCUCUCCAUCCCGUCCUCUUCACACUCCAACACUCAAAGGGUUGGUGGAUGGUGUGUGUGUUUUUGUCCCAUAUAAGCAAUCUCGUGUGGUUCUGAAUCCCCAAAGAUUCGAUUCCCUUUUGCUUGUUCACAGAUUCAAUUUCUCAUUUCUUCCCCUCAAAACCAUCACAUACAAGCAACACUCACCAAACUCAUUUUUUCAAUUUCUGGACCAUUUGGGGGUCUUAAUUACUUGAGAGGUUUUGCUUUGCUUUUGGGUGCCACCCAGUAUUUGUCAAGCAAGGACACAAAUAUCAGCCGAUACACCGAUAUAUUGGCCGAUAUAUCGUGAUUUUCAAGUGUCAACACCGAUACUGGGGAGAUGGGGGAAGUAGUCAAGGACUUGACCGCUGGGACUGUUGGAGGGGCAGCACAGUUAGUAUGUGGGCACCCAUUUGAUACAAUAAAGGUUAAACUCCAAAGCCAGCCUAAUCCACUCCCUGGACAACCUCCCAAGUUCUCAGGUGCUAUUGAUGCUGUCAAGCAGACAUUAGCUGCUGAAGGCGCAGGGGGUCUCUACAAAGGUAUGGGAGCUCCACUUGCCACUGUUGCAGCCUUCAAUGCUGUCCUCUUCGCGGUAAGAGGCCAAAUGGAGACGUUGUUGAGGUCUCAACCUGGUGCCCCACUUACAGUGGGCCAGCAGGUCAUUUGUGGGGCUGGGGCUGGAGUAGCUGUGUCCUUUCUAGCAUGCCCCACUGAGUUGAUCAAGUGCAGGUUGCAAGCCCAGAGUGCAAUGGGUGAUAGUGGCUCAGUGGGUGCCACAGUGAAGUACGGAGGACCAUUGGAUGUGGCCAAGCAGGUACUUAGAUCAGAAGGGGGUACGAGGGGUCUCUUCAAGGGCUUGGUUCCGACUAUGGCACGCGAAAUACCUGGAAAUGCUGCACUGUUUGGUGCCUAUGAAGCACUUAAGCAGUUCUUUGCUGGAGGCCAGGACACUUCUGGCUUGGGAAGAGGCUCUUUAAUUGUGGCUGGAGGCUUGGCUGGAGCAGCUUUCUGGGCCUCUGUCUACCCUACUGAUGUUGUCAAGAGUGUAAUUCAGGUAGAUGAUUACAAAAAUCCAAAGUUUUCGGGCUCAAUUGAUGCGUUUAGAAAGAUCCUGGCCUCAGAGGGAGUCAAAGGCCUCUACAGGGGCUUUGGACCAGCUAUGGCUAGAAGUGUUCCAGCCAAUGCAGCGUGCUUCUUGGCAUACGAGGUUACAAGGUCGAGUUUGGGAUGAUAAUUUGGCACUUUUUGGUGGUUUUGAACUUAAUGAUUUCAGUCAUCUUCAUUUCCUGAUGCAGAAGCCAUUUUUCUAUACAUUGAACUUGUGGUUCGGUACUAGGAUCCUCCACACUUUGUAAUAACAGCUCUGUUGCCGGAGGAAACAUUCUUUUACCAAUCAUAUUGCGUUCACUGAUUUUUUGCGCGUCA